AUGAACCUUGGACUCGGCGACUACGGCAGCGAUAGCGAGCACGAAAGCGAGGCAGAGGAUGUCCAAACCAAGCCUGCUGCUGCCCCGACCCCAGCCCCAGCCCCCAAGAAACGGCCGCCAAAGAAAAUCACGAUCGGCCUACCUGCGCUUUCUCCAGCAGUUGAAGAUGAUGACCUGGACGGAGAACGGCCGCCCGCAAAGAAAGCGAGACUAGAGCCCGGCGCUGGGAAAUCGUUGCUAUUGUCAAUGCUACCCGCACCUAAAGAAAAGAAUCCAAUCCUGCCUGCUCCCCAACGAACAUUAGGUGGUGGCGCAGCCCCAGCGUUGGACUUUGAGACGGCCAAGCCGGAAAAGAGCGAGUCGAUUGCGUUCCGACCAACUUCUUUGACGAAGGGGAAGACAAAUGUCAAUCUGGAGGAUGGUGCAAGCGGCAGCAAAGCAUCGUCGACGCGGGCAGUCCAGUCCAAUGUCGAUUUCUUUUCGCUCGCAGGACCGUCAAUACCCCAGUCCACGGCGACGCCUGAGUUGUCUGUUUCCCGUCCCUCAGUCUCAUCUGCGCCAAACAUCCCCAAAUUCGAGCCCCCAGAGCCGACCCCAAAUGACCCAUAUCCUGGAUACUACACCCUCCCCUCCGGCACUUGGGCGGCCUAUGAUCCGGCCUAUUAUGCGAAAUUUACCAAGAAGUGGCAAGCCGAAUACGACGCACACGUCCGCGCGCUGGAGAAAGGGAAGGUCAAAGGUUUCGAGGAGCUCGACAAUGCCGAGGUGGAAGAAAUAAACGCGGAGAAGGAGAGAGAGAAGGCUAAGAAGGAGUUCCACGAACGAGAGACCAGGAAAGCGAUGACGAUGGGCGGGAGUGGGCCGUCUGCACCAAACAUCAAGCUCACGGCCUCCAAAUCAAGUAGGAUAGCGAAUUCGCGUCACCAGUUGGCCACAAUGCUGCAUCAAGCCUACGCCAACAGAGAGGCACUGGAGGAAAAGAUCGCAGAGGGAAAGCGCAAUCGAAAAGAGGCCGGCAACAAAUACGGCUUUUAG